AUGAGCUUCAAUGGAAAGUUUGAACUCCAGUCCCAAGAAAAUUUCGAGCCUUUCAUGAAAGCCCUUUGUCUUUCUGACGAAUUGAUCGAAAAGGGCAAGGACGUCAAGAGCAUCUCAGAAAUUGUACAGAAUGGCAAAAAGUUCAAGGUCACCGUGACAACCGGCAGCAAAGUGCUGACCAAUGAGUUCACUAUUGGAGAGGAGGCCGAGCUGGAGACCCCAACUGGAGAGAAGGUCAAGGCUGUUGUUCAAAUGGAAGGUGACAAUAAAUUGGUCACGAACUUGGGCAAAAUCAAAUCCGUCACUGAAAUAAAGGGAGACAUAGUCACCAACACAUUGACCGUGGGAGACAUCAACUAUACGCGAAUCAGCAAGAGAAUCUAG